AUGAACAACUCUAUGGUGAGAGAGUUUAUACUGUUGGGUUUGACGGACAACCAUCAACUUAAAAUUAUACUUUUCAUCUUGCUAAUUGGGGUAUACCUUUUGACGAUAAUGGGAAACAUACUGAUUAUUGUAAUAACACUGGUGAAUCAACAGCUCUACACCCCAAUGUAUUUCUUCCUACGACACAUUGCAUUUGUGGAGAUUGGGUAUACCAGUGCCAUUGUUCCUAAAACACUGGACAACAUGGCUACUGGCCAGAAGACUAUCUCUCUAGCUGGUUGCUUCACACAGUCCUUUGUGCACUUUGUCCUGGGAACUACAGAGUUCCUCUUGCUGGCGGCAAUGUCCAUUGACAGGUAUGUUGCCAUCUGCAACCCUCUUCGCUACUCAACCGUCAUGAACAAUCGGGUCUGCUCAUUGCUGGUGCUCUGGUGUUGGGCUGGGGCAUUGUUGCUGAUCAUCGUCCCUGCAGUUGUAUUAUUCCGGAUGCCCUUUUGUGGCCCAAACGUCAUCAACCAUUUUUUCUGUGACAAUGGGCCAUUGGUCAAACUUGCAUGCACUGACACCAGUCUGCUGAAUCUCCUCAAUUUCAUCACUGCUACCCUCUCCCUCCUUGGGACCUUGUCUGUAAAUACUGUGUCUUAUGUCCACAUUAUCUCUACCAUCAUGCGCAUCCGAUCCACUUCAGGGAGGCAGAAGGCUUUCUCCACUUGCGCUUCUCACAUCACGGUGGUCUCCAUCACUUACAGCAGUUGCAUUUUCAUGUACAUAAAACCCAACCAUGACAGUGAAUCGGACUACAGCAAAGCGGUGGCUCUUCUGAACACUGUGCUGGCUCCUCUGCUUGUCCCAUUCAUAUACUGCCUUAGGAACACACAAGUCCAAGAUGCCUUGAGAGGAGCAUGUAGACAGCUUGUUGCCAUUAGGAAGGACUCAAGUUGA